CCAGCUACUCAGUUUCCUCGCUAUAGUGACUGGAAAACCCUUUCACAGACUUGGUGUUUCCUAUAAAAAGUACGUUAAUUACUUGCAACAUCAUCAGUUCGUGUUUGCUCAAACGUCAACACAGACCUUCUCAAGUAUUGCAAAAAUGUUCAAGUUGGUGGUGUUGUCCGUUUUCAUUGCAGUUGCCGCUGCCGGAAUCGCUCCAAUUGCCUACACUUCGUCCGCUAUCAUCCAUGAACCAGCGAUAGCUAAAGUUGGGGAUAUUGUCGAGAGCAUUCCUAGUGCAGUUUCGCACCAAAGUUCAACCGUUGUGCAUGGCAAGGCAAAUCUGAUUACUCCAGUUGUUGCACCAGCUGUUCGUACCUAUGCUGCACCACUGAUCAAAUCCUAUGGUUUGGCUGCCCCCGCUUACACCGCAUAUGUAGGGCCAUACUACUAAGACUGCAUUCGUAUAAUUACACAUGAUUAACUGAAAAAAUAAAAAAAUGCUUUUGGAACAUUAAAAA